CGGACCAUAUAAAAAGAAAGAAACAGGUCGUUCAAUGCGUAGUGCGUUGAAACCUAACAAGCAAGUAAUACAAGUUUAAGGAAUCGAAAGAAAUAAUCCGUGAAAGUAAUAAAGUGCAAUUUCAGAACAAUGAUUUCUCGAGCUACAAUAUAUUUUUUCCUGUGCAUAUUCGUGCAGCAACAUUCGUGCUCGCCCGUGCCAACCAACACCAAAAUCCGACACGAUGUCCGGCGGAGUUCCGUCGCGGAUGAUGCCACCACUUCGACGACCCCAACCAGUUCCUCGUCCUCCUCUUCAAGCAGGUCAACCAGUGUGAGCUCUGACAGUACUUCGCCUUCAGCUCGAUCGGAACCAACCACCCCACUGCUGGUUACCGGAUCCGACCUGAUUCACGGACCACCUUCCACCACCGAGUUCAUCAAGCUGGCGGAGAUCUUCGAAGAUUCCGUUGAGUCGAACGGCAAGGUUAAGGCCAAGCGAGACGUUCCGGUUCGAGGCGUGGACGAGCACGAGAGCGGCGAUACGCUGUCCUUCAAGCCGGAACACAACGAAAAUGAGGAUGACCUGGCGGUCGCAGAAACCCAUCUGUUCCGGCCGCUUUUCAAAUACAAGUCGGUCAACUCCGAGCGCAGACACAUCCGGCAGCCAACGGUCACAAGUACCACAACUAAGUAGAAUUUAGAUGAUAUAUAUUAUUUAUUUUUAGAUGUAGUUUUUAAAAUGUCGAAAAAUGUAAAAAUCAAAAAUAUUUCUGGGAUACUCCCUGUGCAAUAAUUGCGCAAUUCCUCUUAAUUCUUUAGAAAAAGAGGGAGUUCAACCAUCUUACGAAAACUGUUGAAAUAAAAUAAUAUUAAAAUAAGAAAUAA